GCAGACGAUGUUUGAAUGUCAACAACUCAAACAUUUUAUUACAAACCACAUUCCCGGUUCUUUUGAACUUUUACUUCUGCCCUGCUUCGUGUCAUGACGUGUAAAGCUCUCAUAUGAAUAUGGAAUCUGAUAUGAUAGAGGUUUCUAGUGAAAUAGUUCAAGGUGUUGAAUUGUUCAAUGAAGAUAUACUACAGAAAGAAUUAAGUGAAAAUGCUGGUGCACUUCAAGAGACUUUGGUUGUUCAGGAUGCUGAACUUUGUGUAAUCGCCGAGCCGGUGUAUUAUCCAGAAUACCAAUUUGAUAGUCCAUGGACACUAGUUUGUUCAGCACAAAAAGAAUUCGAGAAUACCAAAACCCAGGGAUUUUUGAAGGGAUGCAAAUGGUCACCUGAUGGAACCUGCCUUUUGGCAUGUGCUGAUGAUGGUCUACUGCGGCUAUUUGAUCUCCCUGCCGAUCUCUACAACAGCCACAAAAAAACCUUUCAGGGAUGUUCCGCCACUGAACUUUCAUCCUCUUUGAGGAUCAAAGAAGGAGAAAUCAUUUACGACUACUGCUGGCAUCCCCACAUGUCCUCUUGGAAUCUAGAAACCUGCCUGCUUGCCAGUACAGCCAAAGGCAGCCCGACUCACUUAUGGGAUGCCUACAAAGGAACUUUGACUGCUACAUACCGAGCUUACAAUAACGUCGACGAAGUGGAAGCUGCCAACAGCUUGUGUAUCAGUCCAGAUGGAGAAAAAUUGUACUGUGGUUUCGACAAGUGCGUCCGCGUUUUUGACAUCCAGACGCCUGGCAGACAUUGCGAAAUGCGUCCCACCAAAUCGACUGACGGUUUGUCAGCCAGCCAGUCUGGAAUCAUAUCAUGCAUCGCGGUCAAUGCAGCUCUACCCUCGGUUUACGCAGCAGCUAGUUACCUGAAAACGAUUGGAUUAUACUCGGAGCCUGAAGGCGUUGCACUCUGCGUCUUGGAGGGACACAGAGGAGGCGUAACCCAUCUCAAAUUUUCUCCAGACGGUAUGGUCUUGUACAGCGGAGGAAGAAAGGAUCCAGAGAUAUUAUGUUGGGAUCUGCGUAAUCCAGGUCAGGUGCUCUACACGAUGCACAGGACGGUCGAGACGAAUCAGCGAAUCUAUUUCGAUUUAGAUCCCAGCGGGCACUACCUCAUCAGUGGAGACACGAGUGGCUGCGUGACAAUUUGGGACACACAAAUCGGAGUGGAAACGAGCAAUAGCGAAAGUCCUUUGUUGUCCAUGAAAUCGCUGCCGGAAAGGUUUCGUUGCAGAGUGAACGACGACUGUACGAACGGUGUCAGCUUUCAUCCUUGGCUGCCUCUAGUGGCCACGAGUUCCGGCCAACGGCAUCUAACCUGUCGUCUCAACAAUUCAGUUGGCGACAGUAGCAGCGACUCUGACAUCGAUGACGAGCCUUCACGCCAGAAAUCGCCAAGUAGAGAAAACUCAGUCAAGUUGUGGUGGGCCUAUAACAUCGACCGCGAAGCGCUGUAAUUGCAUCUCAGACGACCAAAAUUUUGUACGACUAAAAAGGCUACAUAACGUUUUGUAAAGCUGAAGUCGAGUCUAGCACAUGCAGAAGGAGAAAACAAAGUGAAAAUGAGCAAAAGAGAGAAAAGAACCAUCGUCAUCGGCCCUCCACCAAAUUGAAAACAAAGGCCACGAAUUCGCAUGCUCAACGCGGUGAAUCUGCUGUUGGUCCAAAUAAAAAUAGAUAAAAGAAAAAGAGUGAAUUGAGAGCUUAUAUGGUAGAUAGAAAGCGUACCUUGUGGAUUUCGUUCGUUGGUCGAUGAAAAAACCCACAUUUUUUUUAGUUUUUUUUAGUGGUACACGCUUGGAGUCUGCUUAUUGGUUCCCCGAAUCCCCCUGAAAAUAAAAUAAAAAAGAGAA